UCAUUUCAGCCAGCUUAGGCUAAAAGGAGAGAAACUCUGUCAACUGAGUGGAGGCAACAGAACAGUACAGAGAAAAAAAGAAUACUGAUUAACACUGAAUAUUACUCUAAAACUGGAGGGCGAAUUUGGACAGAUCUAUUUUAAGCUGACAGGAAACACCUGAAUAACAGUUGUGCUUUACAGCCGAGGAUGAAUCUGAAAUGGAUGACUGGUUUUAUCCUGGCUCUGUGUGUGCAGUUGGUCCAGGGCUUAUCGGUACACUUCAAAAUUCCAAAGCCAAUCUAUGUUGCACUGGGCAGGGAACUUGUACUGGACGCUUCAAUUGAGAAGACUACUGAGGAGAAGAUCUUCAUGGUGACGUGGGAACGCAUUAGUGACAAAGGGGCUAGGAGACUGGCAACCUAUCCCGGCAAAACCCAGGAUCCCAAAAUCAGUAUGGAGAGGGAGGGAAGUACUUUGAGAAUUGCUGGUGUUCAGGAGUCUGACUUUGGGCGUUAUACCAUCACAGUCACAAACCAAAAUGGGAUACAGACAUCGGAUGAAAAAGAUGUCGGAAAACAUGAGAAGCCUCCGGAGGCCUCUGUUGUUCUCCUGUGUGAUGUGUCUCGUGAGGAAGCUCAGUGGGACAGUCCUGUAUUCACAUGGCUGGUAGACGGUGUGGAGCUGACCAAUCAGACGGCCAAUAUGUCUGACGGAGGAAGCAAACUCCACCUGCAGGGAAUGAAGGGCAAUAACUACACCUGCAUUAGCAACAGCAGCCUGGGAACCAGUGUGUCUCAUUUCAUCAUACCAGAUUCCACAGAGGGUCCAGAUGGGUGUCCAAGCUGUCCAAUUCGCACUGUCAUUGUGUCAUUGGUCAUUGUGCUGGCUGUAAUAGGGCUAUUUUUGUUUUUGAGACGAAACAGGCUGCUCAGUUAUACUCCACCACGUGGUAGAAAUAAUAAUAAUCUCAGUAGCUGAUACACCUCAAACACCAGCCACUACAGCCGUGACAUCAUCCUGUGGUGUACCUGUAGCCGUGACAUCAUCCUGUGGUGUACCUGCAGCCGUGACAUCAUCCUGUGGAGUACCUGCAGCCGUGACAUCAUCCUGUGGUGUAAUUGCACCCGUGACAUCAUCCUGUGGAGUACCUGCAGCCGUGACAUCAUCCUGUGGUGUACCUGCAGCCGUGACAUCAUCCUGUGGUGUACCUGCAGCCGUGACAUCUUCCUGUGGAGUACCUGCACCCGUGACAUCAUCCUGUGGUGUACCUGCAGCCGUGACAUCUUCCUGUGGUGUACCCCAUGAGGACGUUUGUGAUGUACCACAGCACUUGAAUGAAUUGACAUACUUAUUGGACUUACAUGUACAUAUCAUCUUCAGAUGAGUCUUCAAGUCUGAUUUUAUUAUAUUUGUAUUAUAUUAUUUAUAUUAUUGUGUAGAUUUUGUAUUGCACGGUUAUCGCACAGGUAAGAUUCACAGAAGAGUGAAGAAUUCUUUAUGUAUUCUAUUUUUUAUCUUAAAUCUUUAUGCACUCCAUCCCUGUUUUUAUGUUCAUUUUAUUUUAUUGUAUGCACCCAGUUUUUUAUGUUUAUUUUAUGUCUAUUUUUAUGUGAAUCACUGUGCAUGUCAUUUAUUUGUGCAGGUAAUGUAUUUGCUGUUAAGACCUUUGAGCUGCAUUUUGUAUGAAAGGUGCCCCUAUAGCCCCCCAAAUAAGCCUUUUGUUGCAACUAAAGGGCACUUUUUUUUAUAUAGAAUUAAACUAAUGAUGGAUGAUUUUUUUCAAAUGAAA